AUGAGUAGGGCAAGUAAAAUAACAUUUACAUUAGCAUGCAUAUUUACUGUUACGACAACGGUCGGUGUUCAUAUGGUACAAGCGUUAGAGAGGGAAACGCUCCAUCAAGGUCCAAUAAAGGAUGCUAAAAGGGUGGCUGAAAAGAAACGUCUUAAAGAUUCUUCAGGAGAUGAAGUGCCCUUGGGAAAACAAUUUGGCAGUAGCGAUCCUUCCAAAGAGAAGAAACGAUUGUUUAAUAAAACUGAACAUGAAAUGCAAGCAGAACUAAAGAAGAAAUACGAACAACUACAACCAUUAUCAGGAGAGAUAGUAACAGAAGAUGGAGAAGUCGUUCAAUCGAAUAAAUAA